AUGCUUAGGCAGAUUGCAAGAGACCAGUUAGUUCAUCUGCUGGAAGUCUUAUCAGGUAGAAAAGAUUUGGUGAUAGAUCCAGAGUUAAUGAGGCCAUUAGACAGAAUUGCAGGAGCCUCUUUAUUGAAGCAACAUGGAGUGGACAAGAUAUUCAAGUUGGAGGCAAAUAGACUUCAAGUUGGCUGUGAUCAACGUAUUUACUUAGUUAGACCGAGAAUGACAACUAUGAAAUUGAUAGCUGAUCAUAUCAACUCUGAUAAACACGAGUCUAGAAGUAGAAAAUACAAAAUUAUAUUAGUUCCGAGAAAGUUGUAUGUUUGUGAAAUGAUUCUUGAACAGGAAGGUGUUUAUGGAGAUGUUACAUUUGAAGAGUUCCAUUUAGAUCUAAUCCCACUAGAUAGAGAUAUACUGUCUUUAGAACUUCCUGAAUUUUUUCCUGCUUAUUUUAUGCAUGGUGAUCAAACAUGGUUGCAUACAGUGGCUACAUCACUAGUCACCAUACAGUCAUUAUUUGGAACCAUACCUAAUGUGCAUGGACAGGGAAGAUGUGCCAAGAUGGUUGAGGAUAUGAUGAAGUUGAUCCAAGAAAGACAGGGAGAGCUUAAAUCGGCACUAAAUAAUGAGAUCGGACAUUUAAUAUUACUAGAUAGAGAUAUAGACUAUGUCACACCAUUGUGUUCAACUGUCACGUAUGAAGGAUUACUAGAUGAAAUAUUUGGUAUCAAAAGUGGUUUUUGUGAAUUUGACAAGGACGUUACUGGUUCCGAUAAAAGCACUCGAUUGCUACUCAACUGUGAGGAUAAUAUUUUUGAACAAAUCAGAAACAGGCAUUUCUCUAAUGUGUUUGAAUUUCUGAGUUCAAAGGCCAAGGCUCUACAAGUUGGAUUUAAUAAAAGACACACUUUGGAUUCAGUUGGCGCUAUGAAAAGUUUUGUAGCCAAUGAUUUACGAGGGUUGAAACAACAACACAAGUCUCUAGCUAUUCAUAUUGGAGCAUGUGAAGUGAUUAUGAAGAAAAAAAUAGCCAUGGAUUUUGAAAGACAUAUGAAAGCAGAACACAAUUUAUUGGAAGGGGUUGAUUUAAAGGAUUGCCAUGGUUACAUUGAAGAAUUGAUAUGUAGACAGUUUUUGAUUAACAUUCCUCUGAAACUGCUGUGUCUAAUGUCACUCACACAAGGCGGUCUACCACCAAAAGAUCACAAGUUUUUCAAGACGUUGUUUCUUCAGAGCCAUGGUUACGAACACACGAUCAAUUUUUCAAAGUUAAAAAAGUUAGGCAUAUUUGUUGAACAGCAACAAACGGGAGAAAGUAACAUCAUUGUGGAUAAAGUCACUUCCCUGCAGAAAAAAAGCUUUUUCAAAGCAGUCAGCAAAAAGUUAGCAUUGAGCCAUGGUUACGAACACACGAUCAGUUUUUCAAAGUUAAAAAAGUUAGGCAUAUUUGUUGAACAGCAACAAACUGGAGAAAGUAACAUCAUUGUGGAUAAAGUCACUUCCCUGCAGAAGAAAAGCUUUUUCAAAGCAGUCAGCAAAAAGUUAGCAUUGGUUCCAAAGAUUGAUGACUAUGAUGUGAAAAACCCGGAAGACAUGGGGUACGUCUUCAGCGGUGCAUAUACUCCAAUCUCAUGUAGAUUGGUUGACGAGUUGUUGAUUAGAGGAGGCUGGUCUGGUUUGGAGGAUAUCACCAAACUGUUUCCAGGUCUUACUUUUUCUCAUAUGAAAGCCAAGUCUGCAAAAAGUAAAGGCACAUCAGAUUCAUUAUCGAACAAAGUAGUGUUGGUAUAUUUCCUGGGUGGAUGUACAUUUGCUGAGAUAGCUGCACUGAGAUUACUUGGUAAUAGAAAAGGUUAUAGAUUUAUCGUAGCAACCACGGCAAUAAUCAAUGGCAAUACUCUAAUAGACUCUAUUAUUGAUAAAUUUGAUAAUAAAUAAAAGUAUACAUGCCAGGUUCA